CCUGCUCCUUUCCAGUAUGUUUUCUCUUUUGCCAUUUGUUUAUAUUUCUUCUCCUCAGAUCAUGAGCCCGAAUCUCAUAGAUAUGGGUAAUCUGACUGCAAUCAAAGAAUUUCUCCUUCUGGGAUUUGGAAGCCUCCAUGGCUUACAAUUUUUACUUUUUGGAAUGUUUCUUGGAAUCUACAUAAUGACCUUAAUGGGGAAUAUUCUCAUCCUUACAGUUACUUCCAAUGACCACAGCCUCCAAACUCCCAUGUAUUUCUUUUUGUCCAAUUUCUCCUUCCUUGAGAUCUGGUAUACAACUUCCAUUGCUCCUAAGAUGCUGAAGACCCUUCUCUCUGGUCCAGAGGCCAUUUCUUUUACAGGAUGUGUGGCUCAGUUUUAUUUCUUUGGCUCCAUGGCAGUAGUUGAGUGUUUUCUCCUGGCAAGUAUGUCUUAUGACCGAUACCUUGCAAUCUGCAGCCCACUUCGGUACCCAUCUCUCAUGAACUUCCACACAUGUUUCUUGCUUGCAGGUGGAUCUUGGGUGGGUGGAUUUCUAACACCUGUUGUUACUGUCACAAUGACAUUCCAGCUCCAGUUCUGUGCAUCCAAUGAGAUUGAUCAUUUCUUUUGUGACCUUGCCCCUGUGUUGAAGCUGGCUUGUUCUGAUCCCGAGGAAGUAAAAAGAACUACUUUCCUCAUGGCCUCCUUUGUCACCAUGGGACCCUUCUUGCUCACUGUAGCCUCCUAUAUAAACAUUGUUGUUGCUGUCAUCAGGAUGCCAUCAGCUGCAGGAAAGCAAAGAGCCUUUUCCACAUGUUCCUCCCACCUCAUCGUGGUCUCUCUGUACUAUGGAACUUUGGGAACAGUGUAUGCCAUACCCACAGCAACUCAGGCCACGGCCCUAAACAAGGUCUUCUCAUUGCUCUACACUGUGGUCACCCCCAUGGUCAACCCCAUUGUGUACAGCUUGAGAAACAAGGAUGUUAAGAAGGCAGUGCAGAAACUCCUGAGUAAGUGGAAGCAUCCAAUGAAAACCUAAUGGCCUUCUGCAUCCCCAGAGAG